CAAUAGUGUUUUAAGCUAAAAAAUUUAAAUUAAUGAUGUUGUUUCGUGUCACAGUAACUUGAACUGUUAUAUACUUAAAUCGCCUGAUAUAAUACGCUUAUUUAUAUGUAUAUAACGGUUAACCAAGGAUAAUACCCAAUGUCAAAUAGGGAAUCGCGGAACGCGUUGUCUUGUCUUAUACAAAAACAUUAAAUAUAACCUCACUUUUUUCACGUUGUAUUGAUACCAGUUGAUUUGGAAAAGUAUUAAUUAAUCAACGUUUAUUUUACAUUAACUCCACAAUGGAAGAAGAACAUUCAACAAAAAAGAAAGCUCAUAGAGAUCGGCAUUCGGGGAGAAAAUCGGAAAAGAAAAAAGCCAAGAAAAAAGAGGAAAAUGCUGAUAUGGAUCCCAAGCAACGAAACCCCAAAGCGUUUAGUUUUAAUUCUGCCGUGAGAGCAGAACGUAAAUUUCGACGAAAAGAAGAUAUAAAUACUAAAAAGCAACAUAUUCCCCUUGUUGAUAGAACUCCAAUUGAACCUCCACCUAUAGUGGUUACAGUAGUAGGUCCUCCAAAAGUAGGCAAGAGUACUGUAAUACAAAAUUUAAUCAAACUGUUUACAAAAUUACCUUUAACUGAAAUUAAAGGUCCUGUUACAAUCGUAACAGGUAAAAAGAGAAGGAUUACGUUUUUCGAAUGUAAUAAUGACAUCAAUUCAAUGAUUGAUUUGGCUAAAGUAUCUGAUUUAGUGCUUCUGCUAUGUGAUGCAAGUUUUGGUUUUGAAAUGGAAAUAUUUGAAUUUUUAAAUAUUUGUCAAGUACAUGGAAUGCCUAGAAUAAUGGGAGUGUUGACUCACCUUGAUUUAAUUAAAAAUAGCAAGACAUUAAAAAACACCAAGAAGACUCUCAAGCAUAGAUUUUGGACUGAGGUUUAUCCGGGAGCUAAAUUAUUCUAUCUAUCUGGUAUAAUCCAUGAAGAAUAUUUAAGAAAUGAGGUGAAAAAUUUGGGUAGAUUUAUUUCAGUAAUGAAAUUUAGGCCAUUGCAAUGGAGAACAACUCAUAGUUAUUUGAUUGGAGACAGAUAUGAAGAUUUAACCAAUCAAGAGCUCAUAAGACAAAAUCCUAAAUGUGAUAGGAAUGUUGCAUUAUAUGGAUACAUUAGAGGAGUACCAUUGAAAAAAGAUAGUUAUGUUCAUAUUGCAGGUUUUGGAGACAUAAAAAUUCAUGAUUUGUCUUUUCUCCCCGAUCCAUGUCCCUUACCAGAAGAACUAAAAAAACGAGCUUUAAUAGAAAAAGAAAAACUAAUUUAUGCACCAUUUUCUGGAGUUGGUGGUAUUGUUUAUGACAAAGAUGCAGUUUAUAUGGAAUUGGGUGGUUCUCAUAGUCACAAUAAAAGAGAGGAUGAUACAGAUAACAUUGUGACUAAUUUGAUAAGUGCAAAAGAAACUUUAGAUGAAAAAUUAAAGCAUUCUGAACUUCAAAUUUUUACUGGUGGUAAGAAAUUAACAGCAGAUGAUGUGGCAGACAGUGAAGAUGAUCAAAAUAGUGUUGAAUUAUAUGAAAAAAAGGAAAAAAAAGAUGGACCUUCAGAGUUGGAUGAUGAGUUGGAUCAAUUAAGAAAAAAAUGUGUUGAAGUUGAGGAUAAUGGUAGAAUAAGGAGAAAAGUAAUUUUUGAUGAUGUCCUAGAAGAUAUAGGAGAUAGUGAAGAUGCUGAUUCCAACACUGAUAUAGAUGAUGAAAAGGAUAUUGGAGAAACUUUUCAUCCAGCUCACAACAAGGAUAUUGAAAUCCAUUCCAAGGUUAAAGACAUUCUGGGUAAAAUGGAAUUUAGUGAAAAGAGGAAAUUGGAGAAACAAGAAAGUAGUGAAUGCUCUGAUGAUCAGGAUAAUGAUGAUGAAGAAUUUGAUAGUGAAAAUGAGAACAAUGAAAUUAAAUGGAAGGAAAACCUUAUGGAAAAAGCAAAAGAAUCUUUCUUGCAAAGGCAGAGAACCAAUAAAAAUUUAAUGAGGCUUGUUUAUGACUUCCAAGAAGAAGAAGAAGAAGAUUCAAAUAACAAAAAUGAUGAAAUCGACGAUGAAGAAGAACUUGGUGGUCUUUUUCGAAAAGUUUCAAAAAACCAGCACAAUUUAAAACAGAGUAAAGAUGUUAUGAACUUAACAGAGAGUUCAUUAACAUUACCUUGGAAUGCGAAUAUGAAAGAUUGGACUCAUCCAGAUAAUAAGGAGCUCAUAAAGAACUGUUUUAUUACUGGAAAGUGGAAAGAUAGUGAAGAUGCUAGAGAGUUGCUAAAACUUGAUGAAGCUCCAGAUUUGAGUGAUGGAGAUUCAGAAGUAUUUGGAGACUUUGAGGAUUUAGAAACUGGAGAAACGCAUACUGCUCAAUCUCAAUUAUCCAAAAUUGACAAAGGAGAGAAACGAAAAAGAGAAGAAUCGGAUAAUAAAGAAGACGUUGAUGCUCUGGCCGAAAAGAAAAAAAAGUUGAAAGAAAAAUUCGAUUCAGAAUAUGAUUCUCAAGAAAAAUUAAGUUAUUAUGAUGAGCUGAAACUAUCUGCAGAAAAACAAGCGCAGUUAAAUAAAACUGUAUUUGAGAAUGUACCUGAUGAUAUUAGAGUACAGAUUGAAGGGUUUAGACCAGGGAUGUAUGUACGGAUGGAGUUUCAAGGAGUGCCUUCAGAGUUUAUAGAAUAUUUUGAUCCCACGUAUCCACUAGUUAUUGGUGCUCUGAACAUGGGAGAAGAAAAUGUUGGUUUUCUAAACGUUAAAAUAAAAAAACAUCGUUGGUACAAGAAAAUUCUUAAAACCAAUGAUCCUUUAAUAAUCUCUUUGGGCUGGAGGCGCUUCCAAACAAUACCUUUGUAUUCAAAGUUGGAGGAUGAUUUGAAAUUUAGAUACUUGAAAUAUACUCCUGAACAUUUGACAUGUAAUGCUCACUUUUGGGGUCCAAUUACACCCCAAGGAACGGGAUUUUUGGCGUUACAAACUGUUGAUUCUCAAAGUGGUAUAAUAAAAAAUAUUGGAUUUAGGAUAGCGGCAACAGGGUCAGUAUUAGAACUGGAUAAAAAUACAAGAAUACUAAAAAAAUUGAAACUUAUAGGACAUCCAUUAAAGAUAUACAAAAAAACUGCUUUUAUAAAAGGAAUGUUUAACAGCGCAUUAGAAGUAGCUAAAUUUGAAUCUGCUAGAAUUAAAACUGUGUCUGGAAUAAGGGGUCAAAUUAAAAAAGCUGUGAACAAACCAGAAGGUUGCUUUAGGGCAACAUUUGAAGAUAAAAUAUUAUUAAGUGAUAUUGUUUUCUGUAGAACUUGGUUUAAAGUAGAUGUACCUAAGUUUUAUGCACCUGUAAAUACAUUGUUAUUGCCUUCUGAUAAAAGGAAUUCUUGGCGGGGUGUAAGGACUACUGGUGAAAUAAAAAGAGGCAAGGGCAUACAAAACGAAGCUAACAAGGACAGUCUUUACACUCGUAUCGAAAGGGAAGCAAAACCUUUUAAACCUUUGAUUAUACCUAAAAAGCUUCAAGAAGCAUUACCAUAUAGAGAUAAACCAAAACAUAUUAAACCAUCAGAUAAAAAUCCACUGGACAGAGUAGCGGUUAUUGUUGAGCCCGAAGAACAAAAGAUUUCCGCUAUGAUGAAAAUGUUGAGAGCUUCCUACAAUAAGAAACAAGAGAAGUUAAAACAAGAAACUAAAGAGCGUUUGGAAAAACAUCGUCAAGAAAUAGAGAGCAUAGAAGCUAAUAAAUUGAGAAAAUUGAAAGAUAUAAAGAAAAAUGUUCAUAGGAUGAGGAGUAAACAAGCUAAUAGUAAAGGGCGCAAAAAAUGAAAUAUUAUUAAUAAAACCUUUUAACAACA